AUGGAGCCAGCAGCCGUAGCAGCCGCAGCAUAUGGGAUCGAAACAGCAAUUGAAGGAGGAGUCGCAGCCUAUUAUCUAUCCAAACCAACACUACCGCUAAAAGGACAUCUCGAACAUGUGACGACCACCGAUACAUUACCUCGAUCUGGCCAUACGCUCUCUGUGAUAGGUGAUAGAGCAUAUAUCUUUGGUGGUUUUGGGGCUUGGGGUCGUGAACCAAUUAACAAUGAUAUCCAUGAACUUCACAUCUCCACCGACGAAAAUAUCGGAACUGCGAUUUUGAGAUCAAUACCGGCGGUUAGGGAUGGAAGAGAAAAGAAAAUAGGUACUGUGCCAUUGGCUCGUUACGAUCAUUCGGCCACUGUUGCUCGAAACUUUAUCUUCAUUUUUGGUGGCAGUGGAUUUUCACCUGACGAAGGCAAGCCUUUGAAAGAACAUGGUCGACUAUGGAUUUUCGAUCCCCUAUCAUCAAAAUGGUCGUUCCUUGAUUCUCCACCAAAUACACCAUUCCCAUGUAACAGAACGAAUCAGAUCAGCACAUCGAGUCUCGAUGGAUCUGCAGUUUUCAUCCAUGGGGGAUUAUCAUCUGAUGGGGUAUGUUUGAAUGACCUAUGGGUGUUCUACUUGGAGGAAGGAAAAUGGUCCAAACUUCCAGAUGCUCCAGGGCCACCGAGGAAUUCUUCCAGUCUUACAUGUGGACGGGGAAAGUUAUGGAGAUUUGGCGGUUGCGAGGAUUCGGACGAUGCAGAUUCAAAUCCUCAUGGAUCAAUCGACUUCCUGGAAUAUCCUACUGGUGGAACUCUGGAUGAUGUAAGUGAGAGCAUGGUCCAAGGCCAUACGAGCAAUCUCAAGAGCACUUGUCAAUGGGAGACGUGGGAUGUCGACUCAAGCAAGACGUCGGAGAUUCCUUCCCCUCGCUCUUCUGCAGCUUUACAUUUCAUAACUACCGGUAAUGGUAGGGACUAUCUUUUAUUGGCUUUAGAAGCCGAUGAUAGAGAGGUAUUGUCGGAUAUUUGGAUCUAUCAACUCCCUCCCGCGCAGUAUUCUAGCGCACAGAUGAAAGAUGUCAUUCGGGAAAAGUUACCUGGUGUAGAAAGUCAUAGGGGUGACUGGUCUCGUCUGCAAAUUAGUGGGAUAGAGGUCGGUGCAGAUGAAGAGAAAGGUGGAGCAUGGACUGGUAGACGUCGUUUUGGUAGCUCGAUGACGGGCACGAAACAAUUUAUGAUUUGGGGAGGGAUUGGUCCAGGGAAUGAAACGCUUGGUGAUGGAUGGAGAGUUAUUAUUGAUUAA